GUUUUUCCUCGGAGUUGUCGGUCUACAUUCUUCUUCCUCCAUAGUAUUUUUUUAUUUUUCAUACCGGGAUAAACCCUUGUUGGUGGUAUAACUUUUAGUUCGGAUGACAUUUGAGCUAGUAAAAAACAAAAACAAAAAAAAUCAUGGAAUAUGCAAAGUAAAUCUACAACAUAAUUGCAGACUAAAAGAGAUUUUUGUACAUUUACAUACGUUAAAGUUUUGUGCUGGCUUGAAUUAUGAUAACGAAGAAAUGUAUUUCCUUCCCGAUUUACAUAACUAACGACUUUGACUAAGUAGGCAUGAAUUGUAUAAAUGUGAAACGAAAUUAGAUCAUGGAUAUUAUUCUUAUUUAUCGAUUUUGUUACUAACUGUAUGACUGAGUUAACCCGCCAGGUCUACUUACUUGUCAUGCAAGCUUUAUAAAACGUUAACGUAAAUGAAAAUAAUUUUUGUGUGAAUCUGAUUUUGGGAACGUGGUUCUGGAGCAAAAUAAAUACUCGAUCAGAAGGUAGGAAUCGAUCGAAUCGAAUGAAUGAAUUUAUUGCACAAUUGUAGCUGUAUAUAUACAAAAAUAUUUACAAAGAGAAAGCGUAUUAACCAAUCAAACAAUCGGAAUUAUUCUUCGCUGUCCUUGUCCAACGCAUGCUCUCCUUGUCGCAUAGGCGCGUGGGCCGAUGCGGCGCACGGCGAUUUUGCGGUAUCUAUAAAUAGGUCCCGCAGUGGCGUGGCUCUUUCUAUCCACGGCGAACGGAAGUCUGCGUGUGCUUCACUCGACGACGGCGGCGAGCGCGGCGAUACAUCGCGACGGUGCAUGAAGAUGAUGCGUUGUAGUUCUUAUGAGAACUGAGUGCAUGUUUCUUGACGAACAUUCUUAUUUCUUGGCGAACUGAAGACUGGGUCUUGCCUGUGAUGUGAAGUGCGUGUUCUUUUCAGAGCUGCGUACUUCCUCUGUUUCUUUGCGACGGAGUUAAUAAAUAUAGUGCUUGUGCUUGUGUGUGCUUUUCCUUGGUAAAUCCUUGGUUUUGGUUAUUUGGUUCUGUAUGGUAACGGUGGUGGUAAUGUUGUGGUAGCCACAGUGCUCCCCCUCAAGUGAAACAUACUGGUAGCUUGACUGAACGGCCAAAACGUGUUAUCUUAAAGCGCAAUACACAUUGAGCCCGCCGGGCCGCCGACAUAUGUCGGCAACUUUUUGUCGGCGGUCUAGUUGGCGGCUCAAGUCGGAAAAUUUGGUCGGCGGCAUGUCGGCGGCUUGAGAUGAGAAAUUUAUUUGGCAGUCAGUGAUUGCCGCGUGUCGAUAAAGGUUGUGUGGUUGUGUCAUAUAAUUUUGAUGGUGUAUCUUCGAUAAUUCAGUAAAUAGAAAUAAUCUUAAAAAUGGACGAUGGCAGUGAUCUGUUGAUAGCAGCUUGUGGAAUGUUUAUUGCUGGAUCGCUGCAAAGAAAACGAAGCUGUUGGGUUAGACCUAGUUUACUGAGUCGCAAUUGUUAUAGCAAUCGUGACAGAUUAAGAGAUUUGAAAGCAGAUGACUUGAUUGUACAAAAUCCCAUACAUUUUCAAACAUUCAUGAAAUUAACCAAUACCGACUUUGAAUAUUUAUUAAAUAUUGUUGGGCCGAGAAUAGUUAAAAAAGAUACAAAUUACAGAACUGCAAUUUCGGCACAAGACAGAUUAGCAAUAACAUUAAAAUACCUGAGUACGGGCGAAUCAUUCAUUAGCCUUUGUGACGUGUUCAAAGUAUCUCCUCAAAUUAUUUCAUACAUUAUCCCAGAAGUAUGCCAAGCUAUAAUCGAUGGCCUUUCCGAGUAUGUAAAGAUUCCGAGAACUUCAAACGAAUGGAAAAAAGUUGCAGAUAGAUAUCUGGAUAGAUGGAAUGUUCCUAAUUGCCUUGGAUCAAUGGACGGAAAACACGUAAAAAUUCAAUGUCCACCAAGAAGUGGAAGUGAAUAUUUUAACUAUAAAUCUUAUUUCAGUAUUGUACUAUUUGCAUUAGUGGAUGCAGAUUACAAGUUUUUAUACGCUAAUGUGGGAUGUCAGGGUCGUAUUUCAGAUGGCGGUGUGUUUAAUAGCUCUGCGUUAUGCAGAAUGUUAAAUAACAAUUCUUUAAAUUUGCCUGACAACAAACCUUUACCUGGGAGAAAUAUACCAGUGCCUUAUUUUUUUUUGGGUGAUGAUGCUUUUGCAUUACAAACCCACAUUAUAAAACCUUACGAUGGUAAUCACACAAAAAGAUCUCCCAAAAGAGUUUACAAUUAUCGUAUAUGUCGAGGACGAAGAGUUGUUGAAAAUGUGUUUGGCCAGUUAACCAGCAAAUUUCAAAUAUUCAAGAGACCUAUCCAGCUAUGUCCACAAAAAACUGCUAUUGUGACAUUGGCCUGUGUACAUUUGUUCAAUUAUAUAAAAAAAAAUAUGCAGCGAAACGAAUAUGAUUCUGAAAAUGAUAACGGAGAAAUCAUACCAGGUGAAUGGCGCACAGUAACUCCUGAAAAUAAUUGUUUUGUUGCCUUGCCAAGAGAGGUCAAUACAAAUCUGUGCCCUGAAGAUACAAGGAACGAGUUGGUUGAAUAUUUUCUCUCCGAUGUCGGAAGCUUAGAAUGGCAGUAUGAUCAAUGA